UGGCUGCAGUAGGAGGAGACCAGGAUAUUCCUGAAUGAACAGCUCAGUCCCCCUGCCACUUGUCAGUGUCACUUCAGGCUGCAGCCAGUUUCUAUAGCGACGGCACUGAUCCAGGGCUCCAGAGUAGUAACAAAGCCAGUUCCCUGCUCUCAGACACUCGCUGCUGCUGAGGCUGAGGGAGGAGGAGGGCACCGUCUGUUGAAGAAACCCUGCCUGCAGCACUCAAAACAGAAACUCUGAGUUGUCAUCCUACAUGGAUACAUGGCACAGAGUGAAGAACACAUGGUACAAAGCCAUUGACAGAAGCUGAAAAUGAAUGAAGAUCACUGGUACUUGUACUUCUGACAUUUUCCUCUCUUUUUUUCCCUGACUGAUAUGGGUGAUGUGGUAGUCAGAAAGGAGCCUUAACAGCAUCCUUACUGAAGCAUUUGUUUUUGACUCCCAUCAUCACAAGUCUACAAACCAUUAGAAGAAAUGACCAGUCAACUCCCAGAAGAUCCUGCUGAGCCCCAGGGCUUAGAUGAGCUGGAGUGCAAGAUCUGUUACAACCGCUAUAACCUGAAACAGAGGAAACCCAAAGUGCUGGAGUGUUGUCACAGAGUAUGUGCCAAAUGCGUUUGCAAGAUCAUAGACUUUGGGGAUUCUCCUCAGGGAGUCAUAGUGUGCCCAUUCUGUAGGUUUGAGACAUGCCUACCUGAUGAUGAGGUUAAUAGUCUUCCUGAUGACAACAACAUCCUUGUGAAUUUGGCCUGUGGGGGAAAGGGGAAGAAGUGCCUACCAGAUAAUCCUACAGAACUGUUGCUAACUCCCAAAAGGUUGGCGUCUCUUGUUAGCCCUUCCCAUGCUUCCUCCAACUGCCUUGUUAUAACCAUCAUGGAAGUGCAGAGAGAGAGCCCCCAGAUCCUGAACUCCACCCCGGUGGUGGAAUUCUACAGACCCACAAGUUUUGACUCUGUUGCUACUGUACCCCAUAACUGGACAGUGUGGAACUGUACAUCCUUGCUCUUCCAGACCUCAAUUCGAGUGCUAGUUUGGUUGCUAGGUUUGCUAUACUUCAGUUCCUUGCCUUUAGGGAUCUACUUACUGGUAUCUAAGAAAGUCACCCUGGGGGUCGUCUUCGUCAGCCUUGUUCCUUCGAGCCUUGUUAUUCUCAUGGUUUAUGGCUUUUGCCAGUGUGUAUGCCAUGAAUUUCUGGACUGCAUGUCUUCUUGAUAACAAAUACAGUGAAAUAAGAAAUAAGACACUGCCAUGUUUCUGGCAUAAUUACUUCUCUCUAUUUUUAUUUAUUUUUAUUAUUAUUCAUCACACUAAACAGAAGCAGUGGCCACAGUUUUAUGGUCCAUGUAUUUAGUUUGUAAAUUUUGCUUUGAUAUUCAUUGUGCUUUGUUCUCCUUGUUCAUUAUACUAACCAAUAGAAAUACAAUUUAUAUGUCAAUUUUUAAAGGUUAAGCUAUAGGGGGGAAAGCAAAAUUGCCUGACCUGAUGCUGCUGCCCUUAUUCAGAUAAGUAGCACUUAUUUUCAACUGGGUUGGUCACAUGAGUCAGAGCAGCAGGAUCAGGAUCUGGGAAGACAUUGGAAGACUAUUAGGCAUAUUAGGCAAAGCCCAUAUUAUGUUCUGUUCUGUCACAUGUGUUUUAUCUGACAGUCUCUUGUUGUUUAUCAUAAGAACCAGACAAGAUACUGUAAGUUCCACCAGUCUAUAGCAGAAAACUUUGUGGGAGAUAAUUGGCUGCUGCCUUCCAUUUCUCCACUUAAAAGACAGUAGCAUCCUGGAGCGAGGAGAGGAAGGUAUCUUCUUGUCUUAGUAGAAAAAUUUCUUCUGUAUGUUCCUCCACCCCGCCUCAAACUCCCACCAUGUAUGCACUUCUCCUUGUGUUUGCAGCUCCCCUUGAGACUCCAGCCUAAGACACGCCCUCAUGAGCAGCUUGCUGAGAUGUUCACACCUUACUGAGAGGCGCAACCCCUUUGGACUUCCCUUCAUCGAUUCCAAGUUCUCCUGUGAACUGCUCUAACCAUGCUCCAUUAAUCCUUCGCCCACAGGUGGAAUGUGCAUUUCCACCUCUAAAACAUUUUAAGCCCAUGAGUCUCCCCAGUAAGACACCUGAUAAACAUUAUGGAUUCUCAGCUUCUGAUAGAUACACAAGAGAACCCCUCUUAAUUUCUUUAGCUACAAGACAGACCUUCUUUCUCUUCCAUUGAGAGACCUGCCAUCUAAUUUAUAAAUGAUUCAAAUGCAAGAACAAGGAUUGAUAUGUGUAUCUGCUUUCUGGUUCCCAAACUCACAGUAUGAAUACUGUCAGGGUAUGUCUACACUACAAAGUUAGUUCGAACUAACUUAGUUCGAAUUA